GUGGGAUAGAGGGACGAUCAUAUAGCUCGAGUUUCAUCCUUGGAAGUGGCAGAGAGUGUUCUUCAUUUAAUUAAUUGUUGUCUUCUUUUCAGGUCCUUUCGUUCUUAAUUUUCCCCUAAUCAUCAUUUUCAUUAAAAAGAAAAAGAAAAAAACCUUGAGAGAUCAUAAUUGUAGUAACACUACAUGCAUUAAGGAAUAUAUUUGUGGUUGCAAUCGAUUGAUAGAGAGGUUGUGGGUGUCUAAGUGAUCGUGAAUCUUCCGUUCGUUCCUGUCUCUACUACAAACAAGCUGGAUUCCAUACAGAGCUGAAGGCCUUCUCCUUUUGUUCCUCCCGCUAUUUUAUUGCCUUACGCACAUAUUUUCCCAAAUUAAGACUGGUGGAAAAUGGCUAUCGAAAGUGUUGGUGAAUUCGUUGUAUCUAAGAUAGCAGAACUCUUGGUGGAACCAACAAAAAGGCAGUUCCGUUACAUGUUCUGUUUCAACAAUUUUGUUCAAGAAUUCAAUGAACAAAAGAAGAACCUGGCUUUGACACUAGAUCGUUUGCAAAAGGCUGUCGAAGUUGCUGAAAGGAAUGCUGAAGAAAUUGAGAAAGAUGUCAACAAAUGGCUGGAGGAUGCAAACAACGAAAUUAAAGGUGUGAAUCCUUUGGAAAAUGAAACGGGAAAAAAUGACAAAUGCUUUACUUGGUGUCCAAAUUGGAUACGACAAUUCAAGUUAAGCAAGGCACUGGCAAAGAAGACGGAGACUUUGAGAAACCUUGAAGAAAGUAGCAAAAAGUUUCCAACAGUGUCCCACAAAGCACCUCUUCAAGACAUAGAAUUUCUUCCAUCAAAGGGAUUCACACCCUCAGAAUCAUCAAAAGAAGCUUUUGAACAAAUUAUGAAAGCUCUCAAAGAUGACAGUGUUAAUAUGAUCGGACUGUACGGCAUGGGAGGGGUUGGUAAAACCACCCUGGUGAAAGAAGUAGGCAGGAGAGCAAAAGAGUUGCGUCUUUUUGAUGAAGUUUUGAUAGCCACGGUGUCCCAGAAGCCAAAUGUCACUGACAUUCAGGAUCAAAUGGCAGAUAGUUUAGGUCUGCGUUUUGACGAGAAAAGUAAAAAAGGGAGAGCAGAUCGAUUAUGGCAGAGACUGCAGGGAAAGAAGAUUCUUAUAAUUGUAGAUGAUGUCUGGAGAGUUAUUAACCUGGAAGAGAUAGGGAUCCCAUUUGGUGAUGCUCACGGGGGUUGUAAAAUUCUUCUAACAACACGUCAUAAGGAUAUAUGUUCUUAUAUGGAGUGCCAGCAAAAAGUAUUGUUAAGUCUCUUAUCUGAAAAUGAAGCAUGGGCUUUAUUCAAAAUCAAUGCAGGUUUACAUGAUGAGGACUCUACCUUGAACACAGUGGCAAAGAAGGUUGCGAGAGAAUGUAAAGGAUUGCCUAUAGCACUUGUGACAGUGGGAAGGGCUUUAAGAGAUAAAUCUGCUGUUGAGUGGGAAGUAGCGUCUAAAGAGCUCAAAAACUCUCAAUUUCAGCACAUGGAACAAAUUGACGAAGAAAACAAUGCAUAUGCAUGUCUUAAGUUGAGUUAUGAUUAUUUGAAGCACGAGAAAACCAAAUUAUGUUUCUUGCUAUGCUGUUUAUUUCCAGAAGAUUACAACAUUCCAAUUGAGGACUUGACGAGAUAUGCAGUUGGCUACGGGUUACAUCAAGAUGCGGAGUCCAUUGAAGAUGCAAGGGAACGAGUUUAUGUGGAGAUAAAAACCCUCAAAGAUUGUUGUAUGCUGUUAGGAACUAGAAGUGAAGAAUAUGUGAAAAUGCAUGACUUGGUUCGUGAUGUUGCUAUUCAGAUAGCAUCAUCUGAAAAAUACGGAUUCAUGGUAAAGGCUGGCUUUGGGUUGAAGGAGUGGCCAAUGAGCAAUAAAAGCUUUGAAGGUUGUACAGUAGUUUCGUUAAUGGGCAAUGAACUAGCAGAACUUCCUGAAGAAUUGGUGUGUCCACAGCUCAAAGUUCUUUUAUUAGAACUGGAUGAUGAUUUGAAUGUUCCAGAGAGGUUUUUUGAAGGGAUGAAAGCAAUAGAAGUUUUGUCUCUACAUGGAGGGUGUUUGUCGUUGCAAUCACUUGAACUCUCAACGAACCUUCAGUCGUUGCUGUUGAGAAGGUGUGAAUGCAAGGACCUCAAUUGGUUGAGAAAGCUGCAAAGACUUAAGAUUCUUGUUUUCAUGUGGUGCGACUCCAUUGAAGAAUUACCUGAUGAAAUUGGGGAGCUCAAGGAGUUAAGGUUGUUGGAUGUUACAGGUUGUGAAUUGCUACGAAGGAUUCCUGUGAAUUUGAUUGCAAGGUUGAAGAAGUUAGAAGAACUGCUGAUCGGGGAUGAGAGCUUCAAGGGAUGGGAUGUUGUUGGAUGUGACAGCGCAGAAGGAAUCAAUGCAAGCCUAACAGAACUAAGUUCGCUGUCUCAUUUAGCUGUAUUAUCAUUGAAGAUACCGAAGGUUGAAUGCAUUCCCAGAGAUUUUGUUUUUCCCAGGUUGCUCAAAUAUGAUAUAGUGUUAGGGGAUUGGUAUUCAGAACUCGAUAAAGAAUACCCAACCUCGACAAGAUUAUAUUUGGGUGCUAUCAGCGCCACAUCCUUAAAUGCAAAGACAUUUGAGCAGUUGUUUCCUACUGUGUCUCAAAUUAGUUUUUGGAGAGUGGAGGGUUUAGAAAAUAUAGUAUUGUCCUCUUAUCAGAUGACCUCCCCUGGCCAUGGGUCGCCAAAGGACUUCUUACAAAGAUUAGAACAUGUCAAAGUGCAUGAAUGUGGGGAUAUUCGCACUCUGUUUCCAGCAAAAUGGCGGCAAGCUUUGAAAAAUCCAAGGAGAGUGAAAACUUAUGACUGCAAAUCAUUGGAAGAGGUAUUUGAAUUGGGUGAGGCUGAUGGAGGAAUUAACGAGGAGAAGGAGCUGCCGCUACUGUCAUCUUUAACAACGUUACGGUUGUCAGAUUUACCUAAGCUCAAAUGUAUAUGGAAGGGGCCCACCAGACAUGUCAGCCUCCAAAGUCUUUUUUAUCUGGAGUUGUUGUCUCUUAACAAACUGACAUUUAUCUUCACACCGUCCCUCGCUCGAAGUCUUAUUCAUCUGGAAACACUACAGGUAAAACAAUGCCAUGAAUUGAAGCGUCUUAUCAGAGAAAAGGAUGGUGGUGACAGGGAAAUAAUUCCAGAGUCUCUUCGCUUCCCAGAAUUACAAACUCUCUCCAUAGGUGAAUGUGAUAAACUGGAACGUGUCUUCCCUGUCUCCGUGUCUCCAAGUCUUCUGAACCUGGAACAUAUGAUGAUUUCUUUUGCUUAUAAUUUAAAGCAAAUAUUUUACAGUGAAGAAGGAGAUGCACUCACUAGAGAUGGCAUCAUCAACUUCCCUCAGCUAUCAAAAUUGUCCCUUUCAAGUUGCAGCGUUUUUGGUCCAAAGAGUUUUACUGCCCAAUUGCCAUCUUUGCAAGUGUUAACAAUUCAAGGCUACGAAGAAUCGGAUAAUUCGUUGGCACAACUGCAAGGGUUAACAAGUUUGGAAAAAUUAUAUUUGUACUUUGUGUAUGAACCUAACAUGAGCUGUAUAUGGAAAGGUCUCCCGCUAAGCAAUUUGACUAUUUUGGUGGUGAGGAACUGUAAGAGACUGAGAUAUGUAUUUACAGACAUCAUGAUUGCUAGUUUAGUUCAACUGAAAGUUCUAAAGAUAUCUACUUGUAAGGAUUUGGAACAAAUAAUUGCUAAGAAUAAUGAUGAUGAAAAGAAUCAAAUAUUGUCAGGAAGUGAUCUCCAAUCUUUAUGCUUCCCCAAUUUGUGUCGACUUGAAAUCAGAAGAUGCAACAGGUUGAAGAGUCUCUUCCUAGUAGCCAUGACUUCAGGUCUCCCAAAGCUCCAAAUACUUAAAGUAAGUGAAUCCUCUCAACUAGUGGGAGUAUUUGGGCAGGAUGAUCAUGCUUCGCCUUUUAAUGUUGAGAAGAAGAUGGUGCUCCCUUAUCUGCAAAAGUUGUCUCUAAAAGAAUUACCAAGCAUUGUCUGCUUCAGUCUUGGGUGUUAUGAUUUCUUAUUCCCUCGUUUGGGGAAGUUGGUGGUGUAUGAAUGUCCAAAGCUGACCACAAAAUUUGCUAUUAGAACAAAUGGUUCAAUGAGUGCUCAAUCAGAGGUAUCUCAAGUACCUGAGGAUUCAAGAACUGGUUCCCUCGUGCCAACCACCACUUGUAGAAUGUGGACCCGAAAUAAUGGGUGGGGAGAGGAAGAGGAAGAGGAUGGAGGUGGUCAUGAUGAUUAAGUCAGAUAAUAAGUCUGGCAUUGGAAUUUGAAAAACAAGCUAGUAAUUAAUUCUUGAAGGGGUUGGUUGGUUACCUAUGUGAUGAUCAACGCGACAUUGGUGGGAAGUAAUUCCAGCUGUUUCAUUAGCUACCAAUGUGUAUGUUUUCCCAUUUGUGUUUCUUUUCAAGUGUCCGAGCCUUCAAAAACGAAAGGCAUAAUUUUUACUCAUUUGUGUGCUAUUGUUUAAUGUUUGGAUUCUCAUUC